GAAGAAUGAACUUUCACAGUUAUCUAUGAGUUAACCGAAAUCAUUGUCACGAAUGUAAACAAUAAGCAGCUUUCGUUUUUUAAAAUUGUUUCAGAAAUGGAAGAAAUAAAACCAGCUGUACCAAACCAACCAGAUUUUAAAGAGCUAACGCCGCAAGAAUUUCAGCAAAUGCUUAAUUCUUGGUUUGAAGAAAAGGGCAUAAAAACUGAUUUAAAAUCUUAUUUGAAAUAUAAACUUAUAAAUAUCCUAAAAACUACCAUGAUCGGUAAACGUUUAAAAAGCGGACCUAAAACUAACAGUUUAGCGCACCAAGCCUUACAUCUAAUAAUUGCUGAGUACUUGUUUCAAAAUCAAUGCCAUUAUUCUUUGUCAUUAUUUAGCAGUGAGGUUAAUUUAACCAAGAUUUUACCUGAAAUUAGUUUGUUUUUUGACACUAAUAGUAUUGCGACGCGGGGAAGGCUUGAUAAGCAUAACUUGGUCAACAUUUUGGAAUUAUUAGGUAUAUCUAAAGAUAGCGAAUGUGGGCAAUGUGUGGUGAACUUAUAUUUUGGCCCAGACUCAAACAAAUCUAUAUUAGUAUGCUUAAUAGAUAGCAUCCAAGGAGAAGGACCCAGAAUCUUAAAUUACAUUGAUGAGAAUUUAGAUGACUAUAUGCAAAAAAUUGCUCAAAUCUUACUGACAGCCAAUUUAUCAAAACAAAUGUAUAACAGAUUAUUAUUGCAGAUUAAAUGUUGUCAUGAAUUGAGGGACAAAGAAUACAAAAAUGAGUGUUUGAAGCUUAUACAUAAAUGCAAAAGGGAGCUCAACAAAAGACAAAAGAAAAUACAGAAUUGCAAUAAAAACAGAGAAGCCUUAGAAAAAGAACUCUUAGUGUCCCAGCAAAAGCAACAAAAACUUAAUCAGCAACUGAAUAACCAAUUGAAAGAACAAGAAGUUUCUAGACAAUUUGUAAAACAGAAAAUUUCAUCCAACAUUUGUACUUUAAACCACUGCUCAGAAAGAUGUGUAUAUUUAAAUGACUGUAUUAAAUUUUAUCAAAAUGAAAAUCAAAUGCUUAAAAUUGAAAACAAGAAACAGAAACAAGAAAUUCAAAGACUAAUUUUGAGUUAUAAUCAGUUAAAACUUGAACUGAGCAGUUGUCAAAGUAAAAUUAGCAUAUUAACUGCAGGAUUGGAUGAGAAUCAAGAUAGAAAUCUGAGACUCCCAGAAGUGGGAUUGAGAACCUAUAAUAAUAAUGGUGAAACUGACAGCAACUAUUCAGAUAGUUUAUCAGAGGAUAUUUUGCAAGAAGCAAGAAGAAAAAUAAAAGAAUUGGAACAGGAAAGUGAGCAAGUAGAUAUGAAGUGUAAAAGUUUUAUGAACAUAAUAAAAUGA